AUGACAAGUCUAAAGAUAUUGAUUGAUGUGAAUCUUGUGUUGAUGGGAAACAUCAUAUAUCGUAGUAAAUUCCCUGUAAAUGGUGGUGAACGUGCCAAAGAACCACUCGAUUCAGUACACAGUGACGUAUGUGGUAAGAGGAAUGCAAAAUCACUUGGCGGAGCUGAGUACUUUUUAACAUUUAUUGAUGAUCAUACUCAUUAUGUAUGGGUCUAUGUCUUGACCACAAAGACGAAGUAUUUGGAAAAUUAAUUUUUAGAGUGGAAAGCAUUAGUCGAAACAUCCACUGGAAGAAGACUUAAAGUUUUUCGCACAGACAAUGGGGGUGAAUAUACCUCAACAGAGUUUGAAAAUUACCUGAAGAAAGAAGGAAUAACACAUCAAUUAACUGUGCCAAAAACACCAGAACAAAACGGGGUGGCUGAGAGAAUGAAUCGGACAUUGGUUGAGUCGGUAAGAUCGAUGUUGGCUGAUGCACAGCUUCCACACAGGUUCUGGGCAAAAAUGCUUUCAGCAGCUGCAUAUAUCGGAAACAGAAGUCUAUCAACUCCAGUGAAAGGAAACACCCCUUUUGAAGCCUGGACAGGUCAGAAACCUAAUGUUAAUCACUUGCGCGUAUUUGGAUGUGAAGCAUAUGCCCAUGUGCCAAAAGAUGAAAAAAAGAAACGGAUUCCAAAGCCGAAAGUGUAUUCUUCUCGGUUAUGGUACUGAAACGAAGGGAUUAUCGUCUUUACGAUCCAAAACGUGCAAACCUCUUCCACAGUCGUGAUGUCCAGUUUAAUGAAUCUUCUCAAGGAACUGAAAGUUUAAAAUAUCAGGAGCUGAAGCAAAACACCUAUGUGGAACUUGAAUUUCCAGCAUUUGAAUAGCUUGAUGUUAAUGAAGUACCCGAGGCCGAAGUCCAAAGAAGACCAUGCAGAAAGACAUAGAAGACCACCCGACUAUUAUGGUGAUUGGGCCACUGCUGCAAAUAAUGAUGUCAACGAGCCAAGAACCAUCAAAGAAGCAUUGGCAAGUCCCCAAAAGGCAAAAUGGAUAAAAGCAACGGAAAAAGAAAUGGCAUUCCUCGAAACUAAUGAAGUAUGGGAUUUGGUGGAACCACCGGAGAAUCAGAAAGUCGUUCGAAGCAAGUGGGUAUUUCGAGUCACGACAAAUGCGGAAGGAACUGUUGAAAGAUAUUAG